AAUAAACUGCCAAAAAGAAAUGUUUCGUUUUGUAAAUGGAUUAUAUUGAAGAUUUUAUCGUUUAUCGCAGGGAUUGUCACCCUGUUAUUCCUGAUAAUUACUGGAUUAAUAAUUCAUGAUGAACUUUUAGGUCCUGCGAAACUAAGUAUAGAAAUGGAUGAAAUUUGCCCGAUAAUGGAAGGUGAUAAUAUAAAAAUUAAAGGUUACAUAACUUCUUGGAGAUUUCCACCUUGCUUAGAAUGGAUUAAAUAUACAAAUGAAUCAGGCGAGAAACUUAACUUGAAUUCUGAGAAAUACAGUGGGACGUCAAAAAAUGGCAAUACAUUUGACUUAUUGAUCAAUGCUGCUACAGCUGAGGACUCGGGUACUUAUCAGCUCAUCAGUUAUGAAUCUGCUACUUGUGAACAAAACAUUAGUCAAAGUAAUUAUGUCCGUAUAGAAGUUAAAGAUCAUGUAUCAGUAACAUUUAUAAACAUUCCGAAGGAUACUCUCGCAAGGGGCGAGACAGCAGUAUUCGAGGCGACUAUUUCAUCUACAGAAGCUGCAGUUAGUAACUGGGUCAAAGUUCUCCCUAACGGAAAACAUGAGAAAAUGGAUCUUCAGUCAUUAAACAACAAAGGGAGUUACAUUAAGUGGUCACAAGCCAGACUUGUGUUAAGAGACGUCGGAGCAAGAGAUAGUGGUAAAUACAAAUUAAUCAGCUGUAUUUCACCUAAUUGUGAUAAAGCCUGUGCAGAGACUGAGGCGGCAAUAAAAGUGCUCGACUGUGCAGUUGGAUUUCAUGGGUACGAAUGCAACAUGAGGUGCCCUGAACAUUGUCUAAAUAAUGAUUGCGACCCUAUCAUUGGUCACUGUAAAAAAUGUUUGUCAGGAUACAAAGGCGAAAAAUGUGAAAAUUUAUGUACAGAUGGUAAAUUUGGAAAAGAUUGCUCUCAAAGAUGCAGUGAAAAAUGUAAAGAUAGAAAAUGCCACCAUAUCACAGGAGAUUGCAUGGAUUGUCCACCUGGAUUGUUUGGAACCAGCUGUUUAGAUAACUGUCCUGAAUUUUGUCUUGAUAACAAAUGUUCCUUUAAGGAUGGGCUGUGUACACAAUGCAAACCUGGUCAUUGGGGAGAGACCUGCGAUAAAGCUUGCGCAGAAGGAAGAUAUGGCAGUAAAUGCUUAGAACGAUGCAAUGUACGAUGUAAAGACGGAAAAUGUCAUCAUGUAACUGGAGAUUGCCUUCAUUGUCCCAAAGGCUUUUAUGGAACUGGCUGUUCUAGUCCUUGUCCAGUUAAUUGUUUCGAUAAAGAAUGUUAUUUAAAAGAUGGACUUUGUUUCAGUUGCUUACCAGGUUACAGAGGUGGGAAAUGCGAUAAAGCUUGUGAAGAAGGGCAAUACGGUGAAGAAUGUAGGAAGAAUUGCAGCAAGCUUUGUCAAAAUGGUAAAUGUAACCACGUCACAGGAGAUUGUGAUGAAUGUCCGCCAGGGUUCUUUGGAUCCAGCUGCAAACAACAUUGUAUCAAAGGGAAAUUCGGGAAAGGCUGUCUAUCGACCUGUUCAAAAUUUUGUCGAGAUAGAAUUUGUAAUUAUGCAAGCGGGGAAUGCUUUGCUUGUCAAGAUGGAUACACUGGUUCUUUCUGUUCAGAAAAUUGCAGAGCGGGUUGGUACGGUAGAAACUGCUCAGAAAGAUGCAAUGAACGUUGCAUGAAAGAAAAGUGUCAUCAUGUUACAGGGGAGUGUGUUGAAUGUCAAACUGGUUUCUAUGGAACUGGCUGUGCCUUUAUGUGUCCUGUCAACUGCCUAAACAAUCUUUGUAAGAUGAAGGAUGGGGUGUGUUUGAAUUGCAAGCCAGGUUACACAGGACAGAAAUGUCUAAAAAAGUGCGAAGACGGAUGGUACGGCCACGAAUGCACUGAAAAAUGCAGUCACCGGUGUCAAGAUGGGAAAUGUAACCAUAUUACGGGAGAAUGCAAUGAAUGUCCAUCUGGCUUUUAUGGAUUCACUUGCAGUAUAGGAUGUAUGAGAGGAAAAUACGGAAAGGCAUGUGCUUUCAAUUGUCCAGCGUUUUGUCGGGAUAAUGUGUGUAAUCCUGCCAAUGGUGAAUGUUAUACCUGCCAAGAUGGAUACAGUGGUGUGUAUUGCACAGAAAUUUGCAGUGAAGGGAAAUUCGGAAGAGAGUGCUUAGAAAAGUGCAGUGAACGAUGCAAGGGAAAUAAAUGUAACUAUGUCACGGGAGCAUGUAUUGAAUGCCAAGUCGGUUUCUAUGGGAUUAAGUGUCUAGACCAAUGUCCAAAAGAUUGCCUCGACAAACUGUGCAACUCCGACGGAUCAUGUGUCAAUUGCCCAGCUGGAAGAACUGGCAAAAAAUGCGAUAGAGAUUGUUCUGAUGGAACGUACGGCGAAAAUUGCUUACAAAGUUGUUUAAAUUGCAAGGAUAAUAAAUGUGAGCCUACCAAUGGGGUUUGCCAUGAAUGCCAACAGGGUUAUUGGGGACACAACUGCGGAUGGCAAUGCCCUCCUGGUUGUUUGAAAGAUUGUAGGAGGGCAGAUGGUGAAUGUCGAGGGUGUGUUACGGGAUUUUAUGGCAGUCAGUGCACAGAGCCUUGUAGCAGAGAUUGCAAGGAUUCAAAUUGUGAACAGAAAACUGGAAUUUGCAAAAUGUGUCACCCAUACAGUACAGGUGACUUUUGCGAUAAAAGUAAAGAUAAGAUAGAAGAUAUCCCAGACAACAGAGGUCUGACAAUAGAGGAAGGAAAAGACCGUACAUUAAGGGCAGGUGGUGGAAUUCUUACUUAUAUUUCAAGUGAUAUCACAUAUAAACGUAGAACUGAUUUUGAGAUCAGUAAUAUUGAGACAAUCUGGCUAGAAAUUAAUCUAAAAAAUUCAAAACCUAUAUUUUAUUGCUCUGCUUAUCGUCCACCAUCUGCCCCCUCCUGCUGGGCGGAGGACCUGGCAAGGGAAGUGAACCGUGCCUCCUGCUGUGACGAUACUGAAAUUAUUCUAUCAGGUGAUUUCAAUAUUGAUCUAAUGAAAGACCCCCCCACAAUACUGGACAUCUGCUUUAGAGGAGUUUGGACUCUCACAGAUAAUUACUGUACCUACCAGGAUAACCAGUACUUCAAAUUUUGGAGAAAUAAAGUCACACAGCUAAUUGAUCAAGCCAAAACAUCUUAUUACAAAUCAGCCAUUGAAGAAAGCUCAAAUCCUAAAGAAAUGUGGGGUUAUUUAAACCAGUUGGCAUCUCCAGACUCCAGUAACUUUACACCAACUCGUAUUACUCAGAAUGGUUCUGAUUUUGAAAAUGUACAGGAUAUAGUUGAUAUUUUAAAUAAACACUUUACAGAGAACGGGGACCAUGCCGAUCCAGGAAACUACAGACCUAUAUCAAUUCUUCCAACAUUGUCCAAAUUAUUUGAAAAACACAUAGCCAAUCAACUCCGGGAAUUUACUACUACCUUUGAUCUUAUAUAUAAAUCACAGUCUGGUUUUCGAGAGUUUCAUUCCUGUCAAACAGCAUUAACAAAACUAACAGACAACUGGUUGCAAGCUAUGGAUCAAGGAAAUCUUAUAUGGUUGUUAUGUGAAAGUGUAGCAAGAUUGGCUUGUCAAGCUGUAGAAACAAGAUCUGCAGCAAAAGAAAGAGAUCACAGUAAGGUAGAAGAGAAACUGGUGCAAGAUUCAGAUGUAAUGUCAUGGGUUCAAAGGAGGAGUGGAUACAAGAACAAGGUGAAGAUCCGAGUCUUGACAGAUUAA